UAAAUAGGCUCCCCAAAAUUUUAUUUCCCUCCACUUUUUCACCAAAUCUCCCUCUCUUGAAAAAAAACCCUCCACUUUUCCGCCCUAUUCUCGGCCCAAAUUAAACUCUGCCCAACUAAAACCCCCAAAAGUGCUGCUGGAAACACUCAUCUUCUCUAGGGCAAAUUUUCUCUGAGGCGGCAAGCUGAAAUCUUCUCUGAGGCGGCAUUCAUCUUUUCUAUGCGGUUGGCUCACCUCUCACAGGUCUUUACUUUGAAGAUAAGGGAAUAAAAUAUGACAUCUUUUAAGGGACUAGGUGCUGCAGGGCUGAAAAAGAAAUCAGGUCGUCCAACCACAGAGUUAUCAAUAACAUCUCCGCCUUCUACUAUGCAUGGGAAAAACUUUGUUAUCAAGACGACUGCAUUUAAAGGACUGGGGGCUGGUGUGCAGAACAAUAAACUAAGAACUACGGCCAAAGAGGUAUCUGGCAGUUUGGGUGGUGCAUUUAAAGGACUUGGGAGUGCCGGUCAGAAAAGUAAACCAAUCACUUUGGCGAAAGAGGUGUCAAGUAGUUCAGGCCACUCAACACCGUCUCCACCCAUUUCUUUCGAUGGUAAUGCGAUGGGCAGAAACACCGACAUCCAUAUGGGACAAACAACACAGCUUUAUCAACCACCUCCUUCACAAUACAAUGCAGCUCGUCGUACCAGACCAAGUCUUGCUCCAACUGGUAACCAACAACCAAACGUUUCUGAUUUCCUAAACCACCCAAAUGACACGCCAACUGUCCUCAAUCAGCAAAACUCGCCAAACACGAUUGACGAUCUAACAGAAGGCUAUGACCAAUCACAUGCUAAAGAUGCAGAACAAGAGCUUAUUGCGUGGAAACCCGAUCCAUACAAUCAUCUCAUGUGGGGUGUAGAACCGUUGGACCAUUUUAGAACCAUUUCGGUGUCCAGAUUUGAAAGACCAUGUGUUGGUAUAAAUGUUGCAGGAGACCUUAUUAAUGAACCAGUGGGCGACACAUGUUUGACGUUUCAAGGCAUUGUUUCUAAGCAGAUCAAAUAUAAUCUGCAUCCGGCCGGUCAACGAUGGAAGUGGGUCCCAGAGAAAACAAAACAGCUCUAUUGGGAACAAUUUCAGGAUUUAGUUAAUUGGGAUAUUACCAAGUAUGAUGCUGAAGACAUUAAGGCAGGUUAUGAACACUAUUUGCGACAACAUGCUUAUUCCAAUGUACUGAAUUAUAUAAGAACGAAAAAACGGCCUCCGACUGUGAACGAUUUCACGUGGGCUGUUCUUGAGGAGUACAAAAGGUCAAAGCAGUAUAGGAGGUCGUCUGAGUCGGGUAAGAAGAAUCGUAUGAUCGGUGGAGAUAGGUGCAAGCAGUACGGCGGAUCACGAGCAGCAACUGAUAUGGCAGCACGAGAGUUGAGAGUCACAGGUGUGGCCAUAAAUCCUCUCAAGCUUAGUGACACGUACCACCCAACAAAGAGGAAGAAUGGGGAGAUCAUUCACCCGCAAUCAGAAGUUCAGGAGGCUGUUUUGAAGUUGUCGGCUGCAUUUCGAGAGCAUAUUCAAAAUUCUCAAUCAUCUAACAAUGGAACCGAGAUCUCUAAUGCAUGUAAAAUUACCUCAAGUGAGUGGAAUUCCAAAUACUUAGAAGCAGUUGGAUGCAAAAGGAAGAGAGUGUUUGGAACGGGAAGAUACUCAAAAGCUUUCCUUCUUGAGCUUGAAACAAGUGGCAAAGGGCGUUCAUCAUCUUCACGGCGCUCACAUGAUAUUUGUCUUGCAUGGGAUGAAUGGUUGAGGACAUGGUUUGGAUCACAAGGUGAAAAGUGCCCACUCCCAAUGCCACCCUUUGAUGCUAGAUUGCAACUUGAAGAUCCUGAUUUACAUUUAAAGAAUUUUGAGAAAACUUGGGUUUCAUUUUUCAAGGAACACGGAAUGGAUCCACCAACCUUUUUCCCGUCAUCUCAUUGUUCGUCCCAAGACUCCCAAGACUCCCAAGAGUCCCAAGACUCAGAAGACUCAGAAGACUCGGAAUCUCCAAGUCAUUAGUUAUGUAUUUUUAAAUUAUGCAUGAACUGAAUUCUCUUAAUGAGGUGUUUUGCUAUGUAUUUUGAUUAUGUAUGAACUUAAUUUUCUCUUAAUGAGGUGUUUUGCUAUGUAUUUUUCUCUUAAUUUUCUCCAACUCAUGUUUACGUAUAUUUUAAUUAUGGUGGUUUGGCUACUAAUUAACGUUGUAUACAUAGUUGACAAUAUAUAAUAGUGAU